CAACUUCACUGUGUGGUGGUUGGAAGUGAAAAUGCCAAGCGAUAUUUUGAAGCAGUUCAAGGAUCAAAAGAGCACCGAGGAGAGCUUUUUGGGAUCUCCAACCUCUUCAGACUAAGACCCCAAGGGUCUUGUCUUACAAGGGACAUCCUGGAGAGAGAAGGGCAGGUGGAAGCCGGGAUCAUGACGGCCUCAACGUGGUUGAAAGAGGGGCCUGCAGGACCCAGGCAAGAAACGCCCAGAGGACCAGAAGGGUCUGCAGAGCAGCUGGCGAGGGAAGUGUGUGAUCUUUGCAGUGACUUCAGUGACGAGGACUCUGUGGGAGCCUCAGUAACAAAGACAGCUAAGAGCAAAGCGCCAGAUUCAAGCAAAGCUUUGGCUGGCUCAGGACAGCUCACCUUACUCCAGUGUGGCUUUUCCACAGUGCUGGAGGCAAAUCGCAGAGCAGGUGGGCACAGCUAUGGCAGUAGUGCCUCUACCGAUGAGAGUGCAGAGGAGCUGCCUGCUGGCCUGGCAGCCGAUGCCAAGUGUGCUACUGGUCGGGAAACGCAUGGCUCUGUCUGCACCUCACAGCACCAGAAGUUAGACGACAACCAAAAUCCAAGUGAAAACUGUGCUGCUGAGAACAGUGAGAAGACUAUAGAACAGAGUGUUUCUUCUGAGUCUGACGAGGAGAAAAACAUGAAAACCACAGCUGAACACAACUGCACUUCAGAGAAUGGCACAGAAUCAGAAGACAGUGAUGUCAUCUUUCCCACACAGUGUGCAGCUCGGAGACGCCCCAACAGUCGGGUAAGGUUUAAGACACCCUUAGAUGGAUCUGAAGACUCUGCAGAAAUCAGAAGUAGGGGGAACUGUAGAGUGGCUAAUGACAGAGAAGAUGGACUAAUCUCAAAAGCCUUGAAUCUGGAGAACACAGCCCUCAGAAAAGGUGCCGGUGAUGUUAGUGAUGAAUCUGAUGACAUUGAAGUUCCCCCCAAGUCAACAGUAAGAGCUCAAGGAGCUGCUAGCUCAUUGAGACUUAAGAGAAAAAAGACAAACAAAAGGGAACUCCACCACUUUCCCAAAGCAAUGAGGAGAGCAGGCCAGCUGCACGCAGCAGACGAGGAUUGUAACUCCCAUCUCAUCGAAGACUCUUCAUCCUCAGGUGAUGAGCCAUCCAUCAGCCACUUCACUAAAAAGAGCCAUGGAGCAAAACCUGUAAAAGACAGAAUCAGUUUCUCCUCAAAGUCACCUAGCCACAAUCAGAAAAACAGCACUUCCCUUCCCAGAAAACUGGCGACAUCUUCAGACGAGAGAGUUGCAGGUCAAGAGCAGAUGUAUGAAUCAAUGGAUAAAAUUUUAGGUGGUGUUCAGGAAGUAGCUUACAUCCACUCAAACCAGAACGUGAUUGGAUCCAGCAAAGCUGAAAACCACAUGAGCCGGUGGGCGGCACGGGACGUGUUUGAGUUGAGGCAGUUUUCCCAGCUUCCUGCUAACAUAGCCGUUUGCAGUUCUAAGACAUUUAAAGAAAAAGUGAACGCAGACACGGCGACACACACAGAGACAGAUCAUUGUCAUCCACCGAGUAAGGGAAGCAUUUCGUUUCCUCUUUAUGUUUCGCAUCCUGUGAGCCAGAAGAAGAAGAAGGUGUACCGUACAGACCAGACCACGUUUAUAAUGGGGGAAACACCAAAGGGAAUACGCAGAAAACAGUUUGAAGAAAUGGCCUCUCACCAUCGCUUGUCCAUAAAGGAGUUUGCCAAGCGUGUGACUCAAGCCACAUCAGAAGAGCGACAGAAAAUGCUCAGAGACUUCUAUGUCUCUCAGCAUCCAGAUGUGGAAGAUUUCCUGGUGGGUUCUGCUUCAGUGCUCACCACAUCUGCCUGCAAGGAAAGAGAGCGAGUGGGGCGUGAAUCUAAAGAAAGAGAGUCACUUAAGAAAGAAAGGCUGCUGUGUCCUAAAACGCCACCCUUUAAAGAUUCCACCAACAAUGGUUCUCAAGUUUGGAGCCCAGAAAUACAGGGAAAAAAAUCAGUUCAGUUUCAAAAUCAUGUUUCCCGUAAAAAAGAGGUGCAGUCUCCUAACACAGAAGCUGAGCAAUCACCUGCUGUCUCUACUGGAGAGACUGACAGUGGGAAAGACAGCCGAGCUCCUGAAGACCCCACAGAAUCCUCCCUGAGCAGUGAGGCUGAGGCCCACAAGACAAAGUUAGGAAGCACCGUGCAAAGCCAGCAGGGCCUCACAAGAAGAAACAGGCCCCUUUUCAAACUGGAAGACAGAACUACAGAAAACCCAGUGUCAGAACACCCUUCCCUGGAGGGCUUGCUCGGUGACACUUCUAUUCUUGGCGGGCUCUUUAAAAGUCACGGGAACAGUGCCACACGACAGCCAAAGAAGAUUCUUUCAGGACCCUUGGAAAAAGCAAAGCAGAGACCAAAAGAUUUCUGGGACAUCUUGAAUGAGCAGAAUGAUGACAGUCUUAGUAAACUCACCGACCUCUCAGUGAUAGAGACCCUGUGUGAAAAAACCCCCAUUGCUGCGUCCUCCAAGAGGAAAGAGGACCUGGGCACUUCUCUUUGGAGAUCGAAUGAGAAGUUUCUAUGGAAGACAUUUACCUCAAGUGAGACAGAUGAAAACUCAGCCAGCACACAGGGAGAGUGACACGCCAGCACAUCGGUGAUGUGCACGGCUGCCAUCACUCACUGUUAGGCCACUGGAUGUGUCACAACCGUGUAUAUGUGUAGUUAUAUACACUAAUUGUAGCAGCUCAAGCACUGUUGUUAGCGUGUUUGUAUUAAGUUGGUGCCCUAGAGGUGGUUUACAGAGUAAAAUGUUACGGAUUUGCUUCCCUUGACACCUGACUCGAUCUUUCAAAAAUAAACUGUAGGGCUCAAAUGGCAGAGCACCUGCCUAGCAUGUGCAAGGCCCUGGGUUCCAGCCCAGCCCCACCAAAACAAAUGUCCUCCAGGAUAAGCCUUUGUUAUGAAAUUUUAAAUAUUUUAGAUUUGUUACCAGGAGACUGGGGCAUCUGUCUCCCCUACUGUGUGAUUACGUGACCUUAGAUUAAUCACUUGUCCUGCUGUGUAACCAUUGCCUAAUAUGAAAGGGACAGGGUUUGAACCAGAUCAACACGAGUGCCCUUCCACUUCUCUGACGCUUCAGUUCUCUCCAAGUUCCGUUCACUCAGAGGCCACUUCCUGCCCCCAUAUCAGGUGCACACUCGUGUGUCUGUCCUACUAGUGUUUGCAAAGGCAUUCGAUGUUUCCCAAAAACCCAUGGUUUCACAGUGUGUUGUUAAAUUCCUUUAGAUAAGAGUCACAGUUAGCCCUGAAUGUGUGGUAUUAUGUUAUUUUAUAACAGCUCCAAUCAAAGGUUAAUGUGUAACUGUGAGACACACUGCUCAAGGAACAGGAUUACCACCACUGGCUGUGUAAGACCAGUACACACUAUCACAUUUAAUCAAUGUAAAUAAGGCUUUGUACAGAGCUUUUAUAUUUCGUAAGGAGGAAGAAAUGAGUGGAUUUGAUUGUCAUUGGAGCUGUUACAUCUAACUAGAUUUAAUGUCCGUGCUUCUACCCAUGCUGGAAUGUGCUCAAUGAUGAAUUGAUCUGUUUAGAAACACCCAUUCAGCAUCCGUGUUCUGCGCCAGGAGCACGGGCUGUACAGAUGGACGCAGCUACAGGGAGAUGUGAGGAGAUGGUGUCUGUGAAGACUUGUGUAGGGCAUGGGUGCAUGGCCCCAGCGGUAGUGCCACGCGUGACCCUGAGUUCAGUCCCCAGUUCUGAAAACACAAUCGUGUCAUCUUCAGCCAGCCUGGCACAUCGAAAGCAGGGUCCUCGUGCUGGACUGCCUUUCAGAUGCGGUGCUGUGACUUUCCCUCAGUUAAACUCAGGGCUGUGAUGGGAGGAGUGUCCAUCCAGAAAAUGUCGGUGAACCAGGUUGUUUUCAGAAAUCACUGUGUGGAAAAAGGACUUGGGGGUGCCUGGGGUGUGAAGCCAUUGCUCAGCAGUGAAAGAGCAAAGACACAAAUCUUCUCAACGGACUGAAUCACCAGGUGUGAUUUUCUUUAGAGCAAUGAUUUUCCCUACAGAGGUAUGAAUUGUAUUUUAUGUCAUGACCCAGAACACACGUGCUCAUGCAUAUAAAUGAUUAAAGGAAAAUAUUUAUGAAAUAACAUCUACCCUUAGUUAUGCAGACGCUUUGUUUUUUUCUCUUCUAGGAGCGUGUUGUGUGUGUACACUUGUGUGGUGUGCGUGGGGGGAGGUGUUAAUGCUCUCAGAAUCCACUUCCUGGCCCUAAUGAUUGGGAGCCACGGCUUGAAGAGCACGACUUCAGGUCACGCAGUCUUGGUCAUCUGUCUGCUGCGGGCCGCCGUAUUACAUCCAGACUCAUCCAGCGCUGCGUUUGCCACCCGGGGUCUUUCGGUGCGAUGAGUGCGCUACACAGGCUGUGGAAGACUGGGCGUGUCGUAGGCAGCUUGCUGACUCUGGGCAGUAAGCAGACCCCACUUCACCUCAACUUAGAAUGUAGUUCAGACAUUUUCAUGA